GCCAAAGUGGGAUUGCUUUAUUAUGACGCACCAUUUCUGCUUUCUCCCACCAUACACCAAAACGUAAAAAAAAAACAAGAUCUGGGCGUUAACCGCGCCGCGACGAACUCCCCGUUUGUACCAAAUUUGGGCUUGUUCUUCAAUCGCUUUAUGAGAAGUCAUUCUCUUCCUGAAAAAUUUAAUUUUCUAUCAGGUGAGAUCCCUCCUCUGGACAUAAAGGGACAACAUGUUUGUCCUUAAAAAUGUUGGCAAGCUUAUCUUCGGCACCGGCAGCCAAGAAUCCAUGAUCGAGCUGCCUCAAGGUCAACUCUACCUAGUUCGACCUCUAUCGCCCAAAGGAUACUCUGAGCUGAUUUUCAAGGACGCUACCGCUAGGAUUCGUCGUACUGGCCAAGAUUUCCAGUACCAACUGGUCGUACAAAGAGUUUACGAAGAGGGCGAAGCUGAGCUAGCAGACGACGAAGGCGAAGACGAAGAGCUUAACGCACUAGCCGCCGAGCGUGACGAGAAGACCUUUUUACUCGACGAGGCUCUCCACUUCCGUUUUGAGGCUAGAGAAGGAUCGGAGAAAGUUCUCGCUUGGAAGGACUUAAGCGGAGACGUUGGUGACGUUUACGAAUUCGUCUGCGAUCCUUCGACUAAAUCUGCCCAAGUUGAGGCAUUCGAGCGCAUCGCAAGACAGUGUCAGUACGAGCGCAAGUACCGAAAACCUCACUCUACUGCGUCUACGGCCGACCUCGAACAAUUUGUUUUUGAAGAGCAGCCCAUUCCUCAGGCUAGUCCUAUCCAUAGCCCAACGCUCGCAAGAUCAAUCGACUCCUCCGACGCCAUGUUCCAACUAAAGAGCGAAGCUAACGCCGGUACCAAGCGAGGUAGUAUACCAUCCGCAGCUUCUGUACUUGCGGAGCCUGAGCCUGAGACCUACGAAGAAAGAGAAGUUGAGACACAGCAUGCUAAGCAGGCAGGGCCCCCGCAGCCCCCAGUCCAACCCGAACCACUGGAGAUAUUUGCGAUGGAAAUCGGAGAGCUGCACUUCUUCGAUUUCCCUUCCGGCGCAUUUGUCCUUCAGGAUUCGUCCGUCACAGCUCAAGUGUCGGAUAUUGGUAACUGGAACUACUGGCUGCAUAUUGCUAGUGCGGAUCGCCAGUGGAUUGGUAUUCCGGUCGUUGCUGAUAUCAACCCGGUGUUUAACUUUGAGUUUCUAUCUUUCAUCUUCAACCAAUUUACCGAGGAUGGCUCUGCUUAUUCCUGGCUAUUGAGAUUCAAGGAUAACAAGACCCUUGAAAGAUUCCAGGAUGGUCUAAUGAGAGCACUCUGGGAGCAGCUGAACGAAGUCAAGUGGAACAAGGUCAAGGAGCAGGAUCGUCAGUAUGUCUUAGAUGCUUUCGAGGACCUAAAUAUGGAGGAUGCGCCGAUAGAAGAAGAGGAAGAAGAACUCGAAGCCGAAGAACCUGAAGAGGAUGAUGCGCCACAGAGCGAACAUUAUGAUAGCGAAGAGGAACAAGACGAUGUCGAGACUCAGCCUAAGGACCCUCAUACGAAUUCCGCUUUGGCAGUUGGGUACAAGCACGAUCGUUCCUUCGUCGUCAGAGGUCCUAGAAUUGGCGUAUUCAAGCAUACUCCUAAAAAUCACUUGGAAUUCACAACCAAUAUCUCUAAGGUCGAGACUCCACAGGGCAAAUCCUUCGUUCCCAAGAAAGUCAUGUUACACAAUGAGGAUCGCAACCUAAUCCUACAGAACGACACAGAUCCCAACAAACUUUAUCGCAUGGAUCUCGAGUACGGAAAGGUCGUUGAUGAAUGGAAGGUUCAUGACGACAUUCCCGUUGUCACAUUUGCGCCGGAAAACAAAUUUGCGCAGAUGACCCACGAACCUACUUUCCUUGGUAUUUCUCGCAACGCCUUAUUCCGAGUUGACCCUCGUCUGUCCGGAAACAAGCUGGUCGACUCUCAGCUCAAGCAAUACGUGUCAAAGAACGAUUUCUCUGCGGUAUCUACCACGGAAAAAGGAUACGUAGCCGUCGCCUCCAACAAGGGUGACAUCCGACUUUUUGAUCGCCUCGGUAUUAACGCGAAGACUGUAAUCCCGGCCCUGGGCGAGCCUAUAAUCGGCCUCGAUGUGUCUGCAGACGGUCGUUGGGUACUUGCAACCUGCCGUACGUAUCUACUACUCAUCGACGCGUUGCAAAAGUCUGGCAAGAAUGAGGGUAAACUUGGCUUUGAGAAGCCAUUUGCCGCGGAUGCUAAACCUCAACCUCGUCGUCUGGCAUUGAAUCCUGAGCAUGUGGCUCAAUUCCAUCACGAAACUGGAAAGGGGGUCUCAUUCACUCCUGCUCGGUUCAACACAAGCAAGACAAACGGCGAGACAUCCAUUAUCACCGCAACUGGCCCAUACAUUGUCGACUGGAAUCUUGAAAAGGUCCUUCGUGGCUCAAAGGCACCAUACAUCAUCAAACGUUACGAGGACACUGUCAAGGCCGAUGACUUCAAGUUCGGCACCGACCAGAACGUUAUUGUUACCUUACCAAAUUGGGUAAACAUGGUUGGCAAGCAGCAUCUCAAGAAGCCUACGAGGGAGAGUAUUGCUGGCGAUUUCCAACGACUGGGCACACCGAGUCGAAGUUCGGGACGCGUCGGCACACGGGCGAGCGGUCGCUACAAGCUCGGUAAAGAUGAUGUGGUUAACUCACCUUACUGAGUUUGUGCUUCCGAGCAAAUGCCAAAUGGAUGAUUUCGCAAUUGAGUUAUUUGUUAUUCCCAGGUUAUACUCGUGUUGAGGGCAAGAUCGCACUUUUCCUACAAUACAUACCCCAGUGGCGUUCGGGAGGAGACGGAAACUGGUGUUUAUCCACUCACCUGAGGCGAGCCAUUUUUGCUUAAGGUGAUACCUGGUUCUCAUCACACGAUAUUAGUGAUUUCACCUUAGUUAGGUAGGUAGGUGCCUCUUAGGUACCUAGUUAGUAAUUUACUCUAUCGAUAUUCCG